AUGAAUUAUGAAAAGAAAUUCCGUAUUUUACCUUAUUCAAUAUAUUUUCAUUAUUUUUUGAUUAUUAUUCUUGUUUUUCAAACAUUUGUUAAUGGGAAAAAUGAUCAAACAAAGAGUGUUAUCGAUAUUAUUGAUGAUGAAAAACCUGUAUUUGAUAUAAAUUUUGGUAAACAUAAAAAAUAUUCUAUUGAUGAUUGUAUACCAUUAGCAUUUGGAGAUUUUAAUGCUGAUAAAGUUAUUGAUAUAUUUUGUCGUAAUACAAAAGGUUAUAUGAUUCGUGUCAUGUUAAAUGAUGAUCGAUCACCAACAUCAAAAGAACAAUUCCGUAUAAAUAUAACGGGAAUUAUUUAUGAUGCAUUAGCAGCUGAUUUUAAUGGUGAUAGUAAACUUGAUUUAUUUGUACUUUAUAAAAAAGAAUCUGAUCAAAUUGGAUAUAAUGGUGGAAUAUUUUGGGGUGAUAGAGUUAAAUUAAAUGCUUUACAACCAUUGGAUUAUUUAUUUGAAAGUAUUCCAACAACUCUUGAUGCUAAUGGUGAUUCUUAUGUUGAAUUACUAGGCAUGGUUAGUACUGAUGGUGCAACUUUUAAACCAGCUUGUGUUUAUCUUAAAAAUGCUACCAGAUCACCUAUCGAAGUUUUACCUAAUAUUGAUAGACUUCGUCCUAGUUCAACACAAGGUUCAGUUGAUCUUAAUCAUGAUCUUAUUGCUGAUUUAUUUUUAACAAUUGAAACUGAUAAUAAAAUAAAAUAUCGUAUACAUGAAUUACCCAUAACAAAAUUAACAUUAAUUAAAGAAUAUGAUCCACCACCUGGUGUUGCUAUUUAUCAUUUAUCAGUAUUUGCUGAUAUAGAUGCCGAUGGUGAAUUAGAACAUAUUCUUCCUGUUUGUAUGGAUACAAGUUGUUCACAAAGUCGAAUUUAUGUACGAGAUGAUAAUGCAUGGCAUCAAUUACCGAUUCAAUUCGGUAAUGGAAUACGAUUUCCUUUACGAGAUGAAUUUCCAUCACCAUUUAAGCAAAUACCAAUUAGUAUUAAAAUAGCUGAUUAUAAUCUUGAUGGUUAUCCAGAUAUGGUUACAGUUAUGAAUGAUAGUGAAUCGGGUACAACUAUUUCAAUUGUUCUUUUAAAUCAACCAUGUGAAGGAGAUAUAAAAUCACCAUGUACUUAUAAUCGUACAUUUAUACCACAAACACAUGAAAAAUUUGUCUUAGCAGCAACAAAUACUACUCUUGCCGCAUUUUUUGAUAUUUUAGAAAAUGGUUAUCCAGAUUUACUUGUUGUACAAAAAGAUGAAAAUGAAACUUUUAAAUUAACUGCUUUUCAAAAUUCUAUUGUACAAGAUGUACAUUUUAUUAAAGUUAUGGUUCUUAGUAGUUCUAUGUGUACAACAUGUUCUAGUCAAAAGAAAUUACCAUAUGGUAAUAAUCAACCAGGUCAAUCAAUUAAAAUGGAAACAAUUACAAUUAUGAAUGGAAUUAAAGAUUAUACAAUUCAAUUAGCAGCUGUUCAAAUGUCUCAAGCUGGUCAAUUAACACUUGAAUUACCAUAUGUUAUAAUUGGUCUUGGUUCGACACCAAAUUUUGUUGAAAAAAUAACUGUUGGAGUUCCACCAAAUAGAGACUCGAAUAAAUUAUAUCGAACUUAUACACAAAUGAUUCCAAAUUCACAAAUUGUUGUCAUUCCAAUUCCAUUAAUGAAUCCAGAAAAAUGGCAUAGCAAAUUAUUUCUAACACCUAGUCGAAUGAUUCUUCAUACAGGAAUUGCAUUAGGUGUAACAUUAGUUGUACUAGCCGGUGUACUUGCUAUAUUACAAUAUCGUGAAAAGGUUGAAGAUGAUCGUGAACGUAAAGUUCAAGCUCAAGCAUUCCAUUAUGAUGCUUUAUGA